GGGGUCCUGUCGAGAAAACUUGUUACACUUCGUAAUGGCGGAAAGGUUCUGAUCUGUAUAGAACACUGCUCAUAUUCUUCACUGUUUUGAUAUUGCUCAUAACUUUUGUUCAAGCUUGGUAGUGCUUCAGAGUGGAUAAGGAAUUUACUAAUAAGUGAUCACCAGAAAGGUUGUUCAGAGAGUGGAUCAGCCCAGAACUACUUCGAUUAAGUAUUUUUUUGGUACAUGUGUAAACCUUCGCUUUGAUUUGGAGUGUAAUAAGUUCCAAAGAAAGUAGCUUCUGUGGAAAGAAAACUUCGGUAUUGCCAGUUGGAUGUGGAUUGUCUUAGAAAGAGAAUAUUACUGAGCUAGCGUUGAAGUGAUACUGCCAAAGGAGGUCUUAGUAGGAGAAAUCGAUUGCACAUCCCUCUCAUUGUUUUGCAUUGUUUGAUGCUUCACUGCAGCUGUAAGGCUACGUUAUAGUUUUAACUUUCAAGUGGAACAUGGAUCAGUUUGAGAGAGGAACACUAAGCGCUUAAAGUAUCAAGGAUUAAAUGUCGGCCUGUAAGAGCGUGAUAUAGACAAGUUGACCAGAGAAGGCUUCUUUCGAUUUUGUUUAAUUUAUCGAACUCUGGGCGCCCAGCGGUAGUAAGCUUGUUUCAAUUUUAUUCGCAUUGUCCUCCUAAGACAGGUUUAGAAUGCUCAUUUUCUUCUCUACCUUCGCCAAAUUUUGCUAAGAUAUAUAACUGAACAUCCAGUCGAUCGUGCAUGGCAAUAACUUGAUUUUACUCGAUGGAAAAGUACGAGAAUCUUGGCUUGGUUGGGGAAGGAUCGUACGGCAUGGUGAUGAAAUGCAAACACAAAGAAUCCAACCAACUUGUGGCUAUCAAGAAAUUUAUCGAGUCUGAAGAUGAUAAAAUGGUGAAGAAAAUAGCAUUGAGAGAAGUUAGAAUGCUGAAGCAAUUACGACAUGACAACCUUGUUAAUUUGCUUGAAGUUUUUCGUCGUAAGAAGCGACUCUUCCUUGUGUUUGAGUUUGUGGAUCAUACAGUUCUUGAUGAACUAGAAAGAUAUCCUAAUGGCUUAGAAGAGAAUAAUGUGAGGAAAGUGUUAUGGCAAGUUUUGAGGGCCAUUGAGUUCUGCCACCUUCAUAAUAUCAUCCAUAGGGAUGUAAAACCAGAGAAUAUUUUGGUGUCCAAGUCUGGUGUUGUGAAGCUGUGUGAUUUUGGGUUUGCUAGAACUUUAGCUACUGGUCCUGGUGAAGCUUAUACAGAUUAUGUUGCCACCAGAUGGUACAGAGCUCCAGAGUUACUUGUUGGAGAUACAAAAUACGGCAGAGCUGUAGAUGUGUGGGCAGUGGGAUGCCUAUUGGCAGAGAUGUUAACAGGAGAACCUCUGUUUCCUGGGGACUCAGAUAUUGACCAACUAUAUCUUAUCAUUACAAAGAUUGGUAAUCUGACAAACAGACAUCGAGAAAUUUUCCACAGAAAUCCCUUAUUUGUUGGUAUGAAGUUGCCAGAAGUAAAGGAGGUGGAGCCAAUCGAGAAACGAUUUCAUCGAGUGUCAUCUGCUGCAAUGGACAUUCUUAAGCUGUGUCUCAAAAUGGACCCAGCAGAUAGACCAGACUGUUCAAAGCUUCUAAAACAUGAUCUUUUCAAGAAAGAUAAUUUUGGCGAGAAGUUUGCUCAGGAACUUAAAGUAAAAAUAACUAAAGAAACUGCAGAAAAUCCGCUACUGAGAUCGCUGAAUGGAAGGCAUGAUUCUAGAGAUGAAUCUGCGGAGGAAAAAGCAAAGAGGAAAAGGAGAAAGGAGAAGGAACGUGAAGCGAAAGAUCAACGGGACAAAGAAGCGAGAGAAUCCAGGGAGGCAAAGAGAUUAGAAACGAGAGAAGUUCUUAAAGAACCUAAGAAACAUAAGGAGUCUAAGGAUCACAAGGAAACGACAGGCCUGGAGAAACAGAGCAAGAAGACUUUAUUACUUCCAUCGACAUCGCAAAGUUCUUCUGUGUUACAGCAAGAGGUAGCAGCAUUACCGGUGACAAACCAUCAAGUAAAUUCACCGCCGCACACUCUGCAUGUUACCACGGGAGCCUCCACAUCAAAUGUACCGACAUCUUAUAGUGGGACAGCAGGAGUUGCGGCUCCACCUACACCACUCGACACUUUUGUUACCGGUCUUCCUCACGGUAAACAAUUGUCUCCUAUACAAAGUGCUAGUACACUUAGAAAUUCACCGCCGACUCAACAGGAAUCGUCCGUGACAACAUUGUUAAAAGGCUCGAUUGGAUCAGUCACGUCUUCGCAGGGAACAUCGACGAAAGGUGGAAGUUCACAUACAAUAAGUUUAUCGAAGACAAAUAUUGGAUUGGGUGUGGUUGGACCUCGGCAUGAGUCCCCACCUGGGCCGCCUCCCUUCAGGGUUGCUAACGACAGCAAAGUGAAGAAGACUCCCCCGUCAUACUCCAAAAAGAGCACAGGUCCCCCUCCAAACCACCACAGCACCACGUUAUAUCCCUCACCUGACUCUUAUUAUGAGCAAAAAACUUCAAGUAACUUCGAUCUCGGCAGCCGACAUGGUGAGAGGUCAUCAAUAGAGUCGAACUAUAAAAAGAAACGUGAUAAAGACAAGGAAAAAGAAAGGGAGCGGCCAAGAGGAGAGAAUGAAUUUCCACAUCUACCUGAUGUGCCAGGAGCAGAAGCUAAGAACAGCUAUAAGACUGGGAAGAGCUCGAAGAAUGCGAAAACUUCAAUAUCGAUGAUGCCACACAUUACAAACCUGACUCCAUUCCAAAACGGCACAUCACAAAGACAGGGUACACCACCCGGAUAUCACCAGGGGAACAGUCAUGACUCCAAUCUUCCGUCCGUAUGAUACACGGGAAUACCCCCUUUGGUGUUCUCAUACGAAUUGUUAUGUAGGCGAUGUUAUGCCGCGUUAGUUUAAAUGUAAGUUAAGUUUUAUUUAAUCGUUAUUGUAGUUUUAUUGUUAGAAAAUAAUAGCGUCUUUCAAGUAAUGAAAGUCGAGUUAGAUUGUUAGGAAACUUGUAAGGAAAACCAAGCAUGUUUUAUAUAUCGUUCAAAGUAUUCGUCUGACAUCUAUCAACGCAUAUUUUUAUUCAUACACGGAAAAGAACUUAAAUAACUAUAAAUUAAUUGAACAACGUUCAUUGUUAGUGUAUCAUUUCCACACAGUACUCGCCAUACGUAACUUAUUCAGAGGAAUAGUACGCGCUUGUACCGUCUCGCAUGUACAAGAAACGGUUACAAACCAACAAUGAAAUAAAAUAUCGAAAAACAUUGUG